UGUUGUCGGGAAGAGAAACCCUAGGAAACAGGCUUAACACACAACAUGCGAUAAUUGGUGUAUUCGAGGGUACUCCUUGAUUGAUGUCCAUGGUGCACAUUUUUUGAACAACAAGCUGUGUAGAAGAAUAAUUUUUUCUGACCCUCACUGAUUUGAAGGAUAACACAAUGGCGAACAGUUGAAGAGGAUUGAAACUUGGAGUAAGGAGCACCGGUUGGACCCAACAGCACCAGACGACAUGGAUUCAGUGGCCAUGGAACUAAAUUUUGAAGCAGCAAAACUUUCAUCUGAUAUCACCAAACAUUUGGAGAGUCAUUACCUUGUGUCCACCUCUGUUAAUGAACAUUCAUUCUUAAAGAACUGUGACCAAUUCACAGGUUAAGGUAGUGAGGAACAAAUGUCACAUUCUCUGAAGAAAUCUACCUCAAGCACAGUAAACCUCGAUAAUAGCUUUGUCAAGAUCCCCACUGAUUUGAAGAACUUCAUGAUGGUGUAUGUGAGGAAAGGUGUGCAAGGACCUACAGUUGAGAGGAUUGAGGCUGAAAAUGUGCAAAAUUUUGAAGCAGCAAAUUUUUCACUCAGCACUGAUGGACUCUUGGAAAGUCACUACCCAGCAUCUUCUUCUAUUAAUGAUCAUUCAAUCCUAAUGAAAUAUGAUAAAUUCACGGGUGAAGGUAUUGAAAAAGAAAGGAAACAUUCUCUGAAGAAAACUUGUACAGUCACCAUUGAUAAAGGUUACACUGUAGUUCCUUCCAGCAAGAAUAAGAAGGCAUCUGCAUCAGACAACCAAAUAAAUUUAGACCAAACUUUUAAGCAGAGCUUGUAUGUCUGCAAUACUUGCAGAAAAAUCUUUAACAGGAGAGGAAAUGUGAUCGAACAUUUGAAACUACACACCAACAAAAAACCAUUUAGCUGUGAAAUUUGCCAGAAAAAAUUUGCAACCAAGGGUGAAUUAACCAAACAUUCGUUGUGUCAUUUUCAGGACAAACCGUACCUGUGUGAUAUUUGUGGUAAACAGUUUCCCAGGCUUGGGUCGUUACGUCGACAUUUGUUUUGUCAUGGAGCAGAGACAAGCAGGUACGUUUGUGAUACGUGUGGCAUGUCAUUUGCCAGAUCAGAUGCUUUUAAAGAACAUGCUGAUCUCCAUAAUGGAGCAGAUCUGACUUGUGGAGUUUGUGGAAAGACUCUGAAGUCUCAACGUGGGCUGAGGCGGCAUCAUCAGUUACACCACGGUCCAUCCAGCAAUGAGACUAAACUGGUGAAAAAAUCAUUUAUUUGUAGUAUUUGUAAUCAAGGAUUUGCUAUGAAAGGCACCCUGAAAAAUCACAUGGUUACUCAUACAAACAAGGAGUAUAGAAACAUCGUGAAUAGUUGUACCAUUUGUGGUGCCUCAUUUUACCAUAAGGAUAGUAUAAAAAGACAUAUGGUCAUUCAUACAGAUAGCAGGCCAUAUAAAUGCCCACAGUGCGGGAAAGCAUUUAGACAGAAAGCAACAUUGAAGACUCACGAAAACUCUCACUCUGAAGCUACAAGUAGGCCACAUGUUUGUAGACAUUGUAAGAAAGGAUUUUCCAGAACAACAGGACUAAGGUACCACAAAUGCAGUGUGCGAUCUGUGGGUGUGGAAGAACCGUCUAAAGUCCACACUGAAGCAGAGUCAAAAAUGACCAGGGAAAACUUAGCAACUUCGAACGAGGAACUCUUUGCAUAUCAUGCCACAAGUGGGAAUGCCGAUGACACCGAUGAGUCAGUGAAGGUCAAUAAUAGCCUGGCUACUCAAUUCACUGAAGACAACGGUAUUGGCCGUGGUGGUUUGGAAGAUUGUGAUAGUUUGGGUGUUACUGUUGAAAAGGUUUGUUCCACAACAGCAGACUCUAAUCCUGAUAGGAGCAAUGCGAUCGGAGCUAUUGAUGGGACAAUUAACCAGGGAUUUGGAACUGUAACUUCGGUCUCUGUAAAUGUAGACAGAAUUCGAGAGCAUGAUGUGGAAGACCUGGAAGUAGUACCCCUAGGACUGCCCGAAGACAUUGGCGGGGACGUUGAUGAGAACAUUGACGGUGAUACUGAAAUGGACCCUUGGUCAACUGGAUGGACAGGAGGCUCUGGGAGUUGUUAUACCUUAAGUGAUGGCCUCUCGUCCACAGCAAACCCUAAAGGCAGGGACAUGGACAAUGAGGAUGAUGUCUUAGAAAAGAAGGAUGUUGUAUGUAGCACAGUUUCUGUGAAAAGACAAGGGGGAACUUAUAUAACUUUUGUCGACAUUAGUAUGCCAGCGGACAAUGAGACAUUUGUAGGCUGCAGUUCGGCAGAGUUGGAUGCAGCGUUGCUGGAGAGACGAAACGCCGCAUUUGAUAAGAAAUCAGUUUGUAAUAAUCUGGCAACGAUGAGUAAGACAGGGGUUGAUAGUGUCACAACAUGUGAUAAGACAAUAAUGGAGUACAAUGAAGCAAAAUUUACUGUAACUUCAAUAAAGAAUAGUGUACCUGUAGAAAUAUCUGCUGGUCAUUUAGGACCAUUAAAUGGAAGUGCGGAAACACGUGCAGAAACAUUAGUUGAUGACAGCAUGGUGUUGAAUUGUGAUGAUGUAGUUACAAGUUAUGACAAUCAAGGAUGUUGUGGAACAAUUAAAGGUGAAUUCAGUAAGGCGUUGGACAUGAAACAAGAAGCUGGAGUUGACAAACUAGAGCCUGGAGAAUUACGUUUGUCAGACAUCAAGGUUGAGCCGUUAACAUUUGAGGGAAGGGGGUCAUCUUGGGAGCAAAUUUCAUGGAACGGUAAGAGCGAAGAAGGGGAGGCCGAAUUUGUAGAUUGUAAGCUUAGAACUAUUAAAGAGGAAACAACAAGUUAAUUUUGAUACAACGUAAUAAAACAGAAAACUCUCUUUGACAUGUUUGCCGGAGAAUGAAAGGUACACACAAAACCAAAUCGGGGUGAGAUAUCAACCGGCUCCAACAUAGAUAAAUAGAUAAAUUAAUGUCAUUCCACAAAUUUGUUGGAAGAAUCCAAGGAAAGAACAGGAAAGCUCACUUGUUAUAAGAACAGUUUUUGCCAGCACGUUUGAUACUUGUAGUGUAUUUAAGG